GUAAACUAUCAACAUCGAUGUGAUGUUGUUUUCUAUGCUGCUGCCAGUAACGUGGCUAGUGUGGUUCGAUUUGCUUUAUUUAAGUGCUGUUUAAGUUCAGAGGAGUAUGUCUGCAGAGGUGGCCAUACAGCCCCUGGAGGAUGUUAGUCCCCAAAUGAUGUGCUCCAGUCCCCAACCCAGUCCACAGCCCCGGGCCAAAGUGCUCAGGGAGGACCUCUUAAAGAUCCUGGACCCUUCACGGAAGAAGCUGUCAUCCUUGGAGACUCAGCGCAUCGCAGGGGUGCUGGAAGACUGCAUCGCCAGGGUGGAGACGGUAGCCUUGCUGCCGGCUGUGCUGUCCCGCCUGGGAGGGCUGUCUGUGGGGUUGGAGUUGGAGGGGGCCUUACAGGAGCACCAGCACCUUGGAGAGAGGCUGGGGGGCCUGGGGCAGAAGCUGGUUGAGGGGGAGGCAGGGGAGAGAACGAGAGCAGAGUUAGAAAGGGCCAUCCCCAGCUCACUGAGGAACGUGCUCAGACUGCUGAGAGCUCAUCCAGCCGCCACCCGAGCCCUGAGGAGUGAGGCAGAGGUAGGGGGGCAGGGGGUGAGUGAAGGGGUGCGAGGGCUGUUAGGGGGGCUGCAGGAGUUACGGGGGGUGCUGUUAGAGAAACUGCUCACGAGCCCGUCCGAGGAACGUCAAAGAACACGCUACAUGCAGGAGGUUUCGCUGCGCCAUGGCAACAACAUGGAGCUGGUUGCUACACUGGAGAUGGAAGUCGCUGCCGCCAUCAAAGACAGAGAUGCUGAGACCUCUAAGAAAAAUGAGGUGAUCAGGAAGUUGAAGAGCUCUCUGCACCAGAUGGAGAAGAUCUCUGAGGACUUUGUGUUGCGGACACAGCAAGAUGCCGACAAGCAGAACCAGUCAGACACUAAGACCUCAGAGGGGAGGCGGGCCCGCAUGCAGCAGGAAGCCAAUCAGCUGAGAGUUCAGCUUAACAACCUGAUUUCUGAGAACCGCGAGGUAGAGACUUCGCUCCGUAAGAAAAAAUAUAAAGUGGAGACAGAAAUAGAGAACUGGAUCCAGAAGUAUGAUGCUGAUAUGGGAGAGAAACAGUUUGAGCUGGAGGACAUGACAAGGGUCUAUGAGGAGGAGAAGGAGGAGCUGAGAGAGCUAGAGGAGGCGUAUGCUGUCCUGGAGCAGGAGUUCAGUCAGAUCCAGGAGGAGCGGCGUUUGGCCGAGGAGAGGAGGGAGGAGGAGCAGAAAGAGCUGGAAAAGAAGAGCCGUGCAUCCACCAUUAUCCAGGCUUACUGGAGGGGCCACCGUGUCCGCAAGGCCAUGAGGGGGAAGGGCAAGAAGGGUAGCAAGGGCAAGAAGGGAAAAGGCAAGAAGGGCAAAUAACAGCCCUGUGGAAAACUCAGCUAGACCAGGACAGUCCAUUAUUCCAGCAUGGUUUUUAUAUUUGUGGGAAAGAAGUGUCAGCUCUCCAAAAACACAUCCAUUUUCCUUUUCUCCUUUUGUACGUUUUCCUUUUAGGUGUCAGAGUUUAUUCCAAUAAAUACUGUGCAACGAA